UUCCACCGCCUGCGUGGAAGAGUCGAAGACCCAACUCUUCGCACAUUUUUCCUCCCCUGUUUCAAUUUCUCUCUCUACAACACAACACACACUUCCUUAACACAGAUCAAGAAGAAGAGCAAGAAAGUCGAUGAGGAAGUUUUUUAGCAGAGGCUCUGGUGACUCUCCCCAACCUGAGCCGGAGCCGGCGCCUUCUUCUCCUGCUUCAGGCGCAGCCCUCGGACCGGCGAGGCCGAUUCGCUUGGUGUACUGCGACGAGAAGGGCAAGUUCCGGAUGGAUCCUGAAGCCGUUGCGACGCUUCAACUUGUUAAAGAACCGGUCGGCGUCGUCUCUGUCUGCGGUCGCGCUCGCCAAGGCAAGAGCUUCAUACUAAAUCAGCUUCUUGGAAGGAGUAGUGGAUUUCAAGUGGCGUCAACUCAUCGGCCAUGUACUAAAGGGCUUUGGUUGUGGAGUGCACCCUUAAAGAGAACUGCUCUUGAUGGAACUGAAUACAAUCUUUUACUUUUAGAUAGUGAAGGAAUUGAUGCAUAUGAUCAAACGGGAACAUACAGCACACAGAUUUUCUCCUUAGCUGUCCUCUUAUCAAGCAUGUUCAUAUACAACCAGAUGGGUGGUAUUGAUGAACCUGCACUUGAUCGCCUUUCUCUUGUCACUGAAAUGACUAAACAUAUUCGUGUUAGAGCCUCCGGUGGAAAGAGUACUGUUUCUGAGAUUGGGCAGUUCUCCCCUAUCUUUGUUUGGCUUCUAAGGGACUUUUAUUUGGACUUGGUGGAAGAUAACAGGAAAAUUACACCGCGUGACUACCUAGAGCUUGCUUUGAGCCCAGUCCAAGGUGGCAGAAAAGAUAUAACUGCCAAAAAUGAGAUUCGGGAGUCUAUUCGAGCACUUUUUCCAGAUAGAGAAUGCUUUACCCUUGUGAGGCCUUUGAGCAAUGAAAAUGAUCUUCAGCGACUUGACCAAAUUCCAUUGGGCAAGUUGAGGCCAGAGUUUAGAUCUGGCCUAGAUGCUUUUACAAGGUUUGUUUUUGAGAGGACUAGGCCAAAGCAAGUAGGGGCUACAGUAAUGACAGGACCCAUUCUUGCUCGUAUUACUCAAUCUUUCCUAGAUGCACUUAAUAAUGGUGCAGUGCCUACAAUAACAUCCUCAUGGCAGAGUGUUGAAGAGGCAGAGUGUCAGAGAGCAUACGAUUUAGCAACUGAAGUUUAUAUGUCUGCUUUUGACCGUUCAAAGCCACCUGAGGAGGCUGCACUAAGAGAAGCACAUGAAGAAGCAGUUCAGAAAUCAGUGGCUGCAUUUAAUUCUAGUGCUGUGGGGGCCGGUUCAAUUAGGCAGAAAUAUGAAAAGCGUCUUCAUAGCUUCCUAAAAAAGGCAUUUGAGGAUUAUAAAAAGGAUGCUUUUAGGGAAGCAUAUUUGCAAUGUACAAAUGCUAUAGAGAAGAUGGAAAAGGAAUUGAGAACUGCUUGUCAUGCUCCUGAUGCAAAAUUAGAGAAUGUUGUUAAAGUCCUUGAUCGUCUUCUAUCCAAAUAUGAAGCAUCAUCUCAUGGUCCAGAAAAGUGGCAAAAACUGACCAUCUUCCUACAACACAGUUUGGAAGGCCCGGUUCUUGACCUCAUCAAGAAGCAAAUGUAUCAAAUUGAGUCAGAGAAGGGUUCCCUUUUGUUGAAAUGCCGCUCAAUCGAAGAUAAGAUGGCAUUGCUUAACAAGCAACUAGAAGCUAGCGAGAAGUAUAAAUCUGAAUAUUUGAAGCGUUAUGAGGAUGCUAUCAAUGACAAGAAAAAGCUUGGCGAUGACUAUAUGUGCCGCAUAUCUAAUUUGCAGAGUAAAUGUAGUUCACUGGAAGAGAGAUGUACCACCUUAGCCAAAACAUUGAAUAAUUCCACUCAGGAGUCCUCAGAAUGGAGAAGAAAAUAUGAGCAAGUAUUAUCCAAGCAGAAGGCUGAGGAAGACCAGGCCAGUGCAGAAAUAGCGACACUCAAGUCCAGGAAUAGCGCUGCUGAAGCUAGGUUGGCUGCUGCUCGCGAACAAUCUCAAUCUGCUCAAGAGGAAGCAGAAGAGUGGAAACGGAAAUUUGACAUUGCAGUUAGAGAAGCUAGAGCGGCUAUAGAAAAGGCAGCAGUUGUGCAGGAUCGCUCAAAUAAGCAAACACAACAGAGGGAGGAUGCUUUGAGAGAGGAAUUUUCAAAUACUUUGGCUGAUAAGGAGGAGGAGAUAAAGAACAAGGCAGCAAAACUUGAAUACGCUGAGCAACGUUUGACAACUUUGAGUUUGGAAUUGAAGGCUGCCGAGUCAAAAAUUAAGAACUAUGAUGUAGAACUAUCAACCUUGAAGCUUGACAUUAAGGAGUUAGGCAAAAAAUUAGAAACUGUAAAUGCUACCGCACAAUCAUUUGAAAGAGAAGCAAAGAUACUAGAACAGGAAAAAGUCCAUCUCGAGCAAAAGUACCAUUCUGAGUUUAACAGGUUUGAGGAAGUCCAAGAAAGGUGUAAAUUUGCUGAAAAAGAAGCCAAGAGAGCUACUGAAUUGGCUGAUAAAGCACGAGCCGAAGCAGUCACUGCCCAAAAGGAAAAGAGUGAGAUUCAGCGACUAUCGAUGGAAAGAUUGGCUCAAAUUGAGAGGGCAGUGAGGGAUAUUGAAAAUUUGGAGAGGCAGAAAACUAAUUUGGCUAAUGAAGUAGAUAGUAUCCGUGUAUCCGAGAUGGAUGCCCAUUCCAAAGUUGCGAUGCUGGAGGCAAGGGUUGAAGAAAGGGAGAAAGAAAUAGAGUCACUGUUGAAAUCGAACAAUGAACAGAGGGCUAAUACGGUUCAAGUCCUUGAGAGUCUUUUGGAGUCGGAGCGUGCUGCACAUGCAGAAGCAAACAACAGGGCAGAAGCACUUUCUCAUCAGCUGCAAGCUACCCAAGGAAAACUAGAUUUACUCCAGCAACAGUUGACUUCAGUUCGUCUAAACGAAACAGCAUUGGAUAGUAAGCUCAAAACUGCUUCCCAUGGGAAACGUGUGAGGGCAGAUGACUUUGAGAUGGGAAUAGAAUCCAUUCAUGAUAUGGGCAAUAAUGAUAGAGUAAACAGGGGAAAUAAGAGAUCUAAGAGUACAACUAGCCCUUUAAAGUUCUCCCAGCCAGAAGAUGGUGGUUCGGUCUUCAAGGGCGAGGAAGAGAGCCACAGCGAACAAACCAAUUCCGAAGAUUAUAGAAAGUUCACCGUGCAAAAACUGAAGCAAGAACUGACAAAACAUAAUUUUGGUGCCGAGCUGCUUGAUUUGAAGAAUCCUAACAAAAAAGAUAUCCUUACUCUUUAUGAGAAAUGUGUUCUCCAGAAGUCUUAACUUGUCGGACUGCUGGUUGUGAAGGAUGAUUGCCUGUAUUAUAUGGAGAAUUGAAGGAUAGCCAGCUUAUGAUCUGUAAUUAUUGAUUGUGAAGGAUUCUAUAGUCUACUAGAACUGAAUGAUAGCCAGCUUCUGACUUGAUCAAGUAACUAAAAUCCUCAGCGCGGGUUGAUAGGUUGACUUGGUUGUUCGUUCGAGCUUGAGAAGAUCUUUUGGUGCAAGUAUUGAUCGAUUACAAUUGUUUGCCCAUGUUGGCUGUCACUGACCUCAACUAAUCUUUAGUUGUUAGCAUUUGUCCUCUCUUUUUCUCUUUUUUCUUUCUGAGUGUAUUUUCUGGUGGUUUGGGGAUGUUUUGUUUGUUUGUUUGUUUUUGGUAGAUAAGAGGAAAAAUAUUUACGAAUGGUGUAUUGUUAUUGGAUUACUCUAGCAGCUUGUUAUAUGUGUGUGGCUGCUUUACAUUGUAUUUUUCUGAUGACAUUAAUGAGGUGAUGUUCUCUCUCCUCCAUAUAUUAGAGAGGCGAAGAAUGAAUUCUGGGAGUUUCUGCAAA